AUGACAAAGUCGAAGGUAGCACUUGAAGGCAAGCGCAAGGAUGAGGAGUCGUGGAGACGAAAACAUCCUAAGGACGCAAGGCUGAUGGAAGAUGCUUGGAGCCUCCUCCCCUCCUCCUCCUCCCUCCUCCUCCGCCGCGGCGGCUCCCGCGUCCGCCGCCGGCCCUUCUCCUCCCCGGUCCGAGCCCUCUCCGCCCCCGCUGCCCUCACCCAGGACGACCUCAAGAAACUCGCCGCCGUCAAGGCAGUCGAGUACGUCAGCAGCGGCAUGGUCCUCGGCCUGGGCACCGGCUCCACCGCCGCCUUCGUGGUCGCGGAGAUCGGGGCCCUCCUCUCCUCCGGGAAGCUCACCGACAUCGUCGGCGUUCCCACCUCCAAGCGCACCUACGAGCAGGCCCUCUCGCUGGGGAUCCCCCUCUCCACCCUCGACGGUCACCCGCGGAUCGAUCUCGCCAUCGACGGCGCCGACGAGGUCGAUCCAGAUCUGAAUCUUGUCAAGGGGCGUGGAGGUGCCCUACUUCGGGAGAAGAUGGUCGAGGCCGCCUCCGAGAAGUUCGUCGUGGUGGUGGACGACACGAAGCUCGUCUCCGGGCUGGGAGGAAGCGGGCUAGCGAUGCCCGUGGAAGUCGUGCAGUUCUGCUGGAAGUACAACCUGACGAGACUGCAAGAGCUGUUUCGAGAACAAGGCUGCGAAGCCAAGCUUCGCCUAGACGACGGCGGGAAGCCUUACGUCACGGACAAUGCGAACUACAUCGUCGACUUGUACUUCGAGACGCCGAUCAAAGAUGCCGCGGCGGCCGGAGAAGAGAUCUCGGCGUUCGAAGGCGUCGUGGAGCACGGAUUGUUUCUGGACAUGGCGACCGCCGUCAUAAUCGCGGGGAAAGACGGAGUCGCCGUGAAGGCGAAGUGAAUUCGACCGUCGCCAUUGAUUCGAUGUGCAUCGUCAAUUGCUUCUUCUAUCUGAGCAUUGAAUUGAAUGACUAUAUAUAGAUAUAUCGAAACUAAUUUCCGAGUGUAAUAAUAAGAUUUUAAAAAUCCUAAAUUAUUUAGGCAAAAAUCAAAUAGACGUUCCCAAUGGUAUAAAUUAUUAAAAGUAUAUUGUUAAAAAAAAAAAAAGUUAGAAGCAUGCCCCACCCAAUAUUUUAUGCCGAGAAUAUUUUACUUUGA